AUGAGUAUCAAAUUAGCCUUCAUUGCUGCUAGUGCCAUUGGUUUAUUUGCACUUCUAUCAUGUUUUCUUAUUGUUCCAAUGAUUUUCAAUGACAUUCAAUCAUUGAAAAUGGAACUUGAAGAUGAAAUGUCUACUUUCAGAACUCAAUCAUCUGAUCUUUGGAAGGAAAUGGUUAAUCUUGGUGGUAAACGUAAUCGUCGUCAAGCCAAUUAUUAUGCUCCACCAACACCAACUUCAUACAAUGGUCCUUCUGGAAAAUCAUCACACUUCCCAGGCCCAAUGGGACCAGGAGGACUUAAUCCACAAGGAGGAUCAACUGACUUUGGACCUGUUCCAACACUUCCAAAUGGACAACCAGGAGCUACUCCACAAAAUGGAAUUGUUGGUGUUCCACCAGCUUUCAAUAGCGGUGGUGCUCCAUCUGUAAACCCAUCUGGAAAUUCACAAUGUCAAUGUGCUAAUGUUGAAAACAAAUGUCCAGCCGGACCACCAGGACCAAAAGGAGAAGCUGGUUUGGAUGGAGAACCAGGAGCACCAGGUACUGAUGGAAAAGAUGGAGAUGAUGCUGAAGAUGUUCAAGCUCAACAUCAACAAUAUGGAGCAUGCUUCAACUGUCCAGCUGGACCACAAGGACCACAAGGUCCACAGGGACGUCCAGGUGCUAGAGGUAUGAGAGGAGCUCGUGGUCAACCAGGAAUGCCAGGACGUGAUGGUCAACCAGGUAUGCCAGGAUCUAUGGGACCAACUGGACCAGUUGGACAAGCAGGAGAACCAGGACCACAAGGACCACCAGGAGAUGAUGUUGAAAGACAAGUUGGACGUAAAGGACCAAGAGGAGAACGUGGACAAGUUGGACCAGUUGGACCUGAAGGAGACGAAGGAACCGUUGGUGAACCAGGAAUGAUGGGAACACAAGGAGAAAGAGGUCCACAAGGACCACCAGGAAAGAAUGGAGAAGAUGGACAACCAGGUGAACCAGGUGAAGAAGGUGAGCCAGGUCAAGAUGCCGAAUACUGUAGCUGCCCACAAAGAUCUGGCAACUCUCCAGUUGAAAGCGGUUAUUCUAAUGAACCAUCAGCACCAUCUAGACAAUCUGGAUACAGAAGAAGAACUUAA